AUGGGAUUCGUUUUUUUUAUUAAUAUUGCUUGAUUUUGGAUGUGGUGGGUUCCACUUUUUUUUUUUAAUACUGGUUGGUAUUUAAUAUGGGGCCCAAUUUUUUUUUUAAUAUUAGUUGUUGUUUAAUAUAUAUGGGCCCACAAUUUUUUUUGCCUGAUUCUGUUAAUAUGGGGUCCACUUUUUUUUCCCGUGAGUUUGGAUGUGGUGGGUUUCACUUUUUUUUUUUUUUUUUAAUACUGGUUGGUGUUUAAUAUGGGCCCAUAAUUUUUUUUAACAUUAUUUAUUUUUUUAAUAUGGGAUUCACUUUUCUUUUUAAUAUUGCUUGAUUUUGUUAAUAUGGAGUCCACUUUUUUUCCCGUGAGUUUGGAUGUGGUGUGUUCCAUUUUUUUUUUAAUAUUGGUUGGUGUUUAAUAUAGGGCCCACAAUUUUUUUUAAAUAUUAGUUAUUGUUUAAUAUAUAUGUGGUCCACAAUUAUUUUUUAUGGGCCUGUUUAAUAUGGGCCCAAAAGUUUUUUUUAACAUUGUUUGUUUUUUUAAUAUGGGAUUAACUUUUUUUUUAAUAUUGCUUGAUUUUGUUAAUAUGGGGUCCAUUUUUUUUAAUACUGGUUGGUGUUUAAUAUGAGACCCAUAAUUUUUUUUUUAAUAUUAGUUGUUCUUUAAUAUAUAUGGGGCCCACAAUUUUUUUUGCCUGAUUCUGUUAAUAUGGGGUCCACUUUUUUUUUCCCGUGAGUUUGGAUGUGGUGAGUUCCACUUUUUUUCUUCUCUUUUUUUUUUUAAUACUGGUUGGUGUUUAAUAUGGGCCCCACAAUUUUUUUUUUAAACAUUGUUUGUUUUUUAAAUAUGAGAUUCACUUUUUUUUUUAAUAUUGCUUGAUUUUGUUAAUAUGGGUUUCACUUUUUUUUUUUUAAUACUGGUUGGUGUUUAAUAUGGGGCCCAUAAUUUUUCUUAAAAUAUUAGUUGUUGUUUAAUAAUAUGGGGUCCACAUUUUUUUUUUUUUUACAAUUUUAUUUUUGGAUGUGGUGGGUUUCACUUUUUUUUUUUUUUUUUUUUAAUAUUGGUUGAUGUUUAAUAUGGGCUCACAAUUUUUUUUAACAUUGUUUUUUUUUUAAUAUUGCUUGAUUUUGUUAAUAUGGGGUCCACUUUUUUUUCACGGGAUGUGGUGGGUUCCACUUUUUUUUUUUUAUAAUACUGGUUGAUAUUUAAUAUGGGGCCCAUAAUUUUUUAAAAAUAUUAGUUGUUGUUUAACUUAUAUGAGAUUCAUAAUUUUUUUUUUAGGGCCUAUUUAAUAUGGGGCUCAAAAGUUUUUUUUUAAUUUUAAUGGAGCCAUCAACGACGAACAAGGACCCAACUCGUGCUUCUAAUAAAGUAGUAAUAGAUGCCGUGCAAUUCUUUCGUAGGUAGUCACAUAUCCCUCUUCGGACAACUUUGUUGAGUUGCUCUAUGAAUGUUUUCUGUAAAGAAAUUGGUAACAGCCAGCUUUGUCAUAUGAGAUUGUAAAUUGUUUGUGGUGUUUUAACUAUCUACGUACAAAACAAGGCACAAAUUAAUACAAUUAAAAUUCAUCCUGAGAGUAUUGUAUUUAAAUCGUGAUGAUUUGCCUUGCUGUUAGAGAACGAAUAUAGUAGAAAUUUUGAAGCUGUAUAUUGUAGAUGGGUAAGAAAAUUCAAAAUUGUCUCUUAACACUGGUAGUUUAUCAAAUAUUAUAUAUAAGAACUUUAUAUUUUUAGACAUCAAUUUGAAAUACGGAAUGUUAGUGACGAAAUUACUGCUGAGGUGAACACACUGAAUAUAAUGCAUGCAUCGUCAUUAACUUUGUUGCUGUUCUCAUUAAAAUUAACUGAAGAUGAGCUCAGCCAGUGGCGGAAUUAGUAAUUGCAUUAAGGAGAAUCGAAAUAUAAAAAAGUAAAGAGAAGCUAAGAUCUACAUAUACAGUGCAAUUUUUCGAUGAAAGGGUGUCGAUUGACUUCCCUUGGACAAGAAUACUUCCGUUAUUGGCUUUAGCCCUGAAAGACCAAAAAUUCACCUUAAAUCUUGAUUUAUUUAUGGAAGAAAAUUUAGAAUUUGUUACAGAUUUCCUUUGUUUUACUUUCCACUCUUCCUUUUCGAAAGGAAAGUAGCGUUACAAUUAAAUAGUUAUUGCGUAUAGGGCAUUUUUCUUUCUAUAUUUCUAUUCAUGUGAUGCAUAUAAUUACUUUAUACCACUAGUAUUUGUGCAUAUGAAAUUUAUUUACGCUCGAUGUUUAGGCCAAAUUGGUGAAUACAUGAUAUAUUUCUUCUUCAGAAAGGCACUUAACUACAAUUAAUUAAUGUGUAUUACCAUUUCAAUUUUUCUUAUAACCAUGAUAAAUUAAUAUAGUUUCAUGUGAAUGUUGGUUGUGAUGGGGUAAAGUAUUUUCAUAUCUUGACUCUUCCAUUCAGUCAAAUAAAAUGUAUUAGAUUAAUUCAGGAGAAGCUGUUUCUAACAUUCCAAGUGUUGUUGAAAAAGUCUCUGAUAAAUGUCAAAUGGAUCAUUCUAUGCGUAUUUUACCUAAACAAGGCAUUAACAAGUUGAAUAUGUAAAAGUCGUGCCCAAAAUUUGGUAACGUGAGAAGGCAAGUUUUCUAACCAAACUCACAACUUCAUUCAUCAUACGUUAAAAAGUACACAUGACAGUUAUUCCAGUUAUAAAUUAGCAACAACUUUUUUUGCAAACUUGCUACUUUCGUCUCUCUCUUCAAAGAAACGCAAGUCUUUCACAUAUCAAAACUAACCUAAGAAAAAAAAAAAAAAAAACUAAGCCCUAAAUUUGCUCAUUUUGUUUUGUGAUACGCACAGCUUGCUUGCAAAUUUUUGUUGCUUCCACAUUAUACUAAGGAAGCCCUAAUCUAAUCUGUCCUGAGGUAUUUUCAAUAGCUUUGUUUUGUUUCCUUCAUAUUUUCUUAUUUGUUUUGUGUUCAAGCAAAAACAAAGCCAAGAUUUUUUGCCAAUUCAAGUUUUACUAUAUGGUGGAAGAAGGUAAUUUGGUGCAACAAGAGAUGGAAAGUUAAAAAAAAAAAUUGAAGUUAAGGGAAAGAUGGAGCUAAAGAGUACUGUAAAUGAAUUUGGAGAUGGGGUUUCAUGGUAUAGAGGAGCAAUGCUAGGGAAAGGAAGUUUUGGGUAUGUUUAUUUGACAAAUUUGAAGAACCCCAAGUCGAAAAAUCGAUACUUGCCAUCAGUUAUGGCUGUGAAAUCUGCUGAAGUUUCAGUUUCAGGUUCAAUUCAGAAGGAAAGGGAAGUUCUCAACAACAUCAAGGGUUGUCCUUACAUAAUUCGCUGUUUUGGUGAUGAAACUACAACUGGUAAGAAUGGUAUGAUGACUUAUAACUUAUUGCUCGAGUAUGGUUCUGGUGGAAACCUAGCUGAUAGGAUCAAGAAUUUAGGGAACAAAGGGUUGCCUGAAUUUGAGGUAAGGUCUUAUACUAGGUCUAUGCUUAGAGGGUUGAAUCGUAUUCGCGCGAUUGGUUAUGUUCAUUGUGAUAUGAAACCUGAAAAUAUCCUGCUUGUGUCGAAUUCUAGCAAGGGAAGUAGUACUGAAUUUAGGGCGAAAAUUGGUGAUUUGGGAUUGGCUAAGAGAGAAAAUCAGAGUAAAAAGAGGAGAUUGGAGCCUUAUUGGAGAGGUACUCCAAUGUACUUGUCACCCGAAGCUAUAACUGAUAAUGUACAAGAGUCUCCUGCUGAUAUAUGGGCUUUAGGGUGUAUUGUGCUUGAGAUGUUAACUGGAAAACCUCCGUGGGAUCGGAAGGAAGAUAUGGUUGCCGAGGAUGUACUAAGAAAGAUUGGGGAAGGGCAUGAAUUGCCUGAAAUUCCAGGGGAUUUUUCUACGGAAGCAAAAAAAUUCCUGAAGGGUUGUUUCGUGAGGAACUCGAGGUAUAGAUUGACAGCUGAAAUGCUGUUAAUACAUCCAUUUGUUGAGGGUUUAAAUGAUGAUGAUGGAGUUGAAGAACUAGAGGAGGUUGAAGAUAUAAAUGAAGUUGAUUCUAUGCAAUUGGUUACUGACACUGACGAUGAAUUUUGCUAUUCUCAAGAAGAUUGGAGUUGCAUAUCUGAAGAGGACGACUGCCUCGGUUACUGGUCGGAAGAUGACACGAUUACGGAGGAUGAAAUGACCUCUUAUAUUUCUGAAGAAGAGAUAUUAAAAGUAGAAGAAAGGAUGAGCAUUAGAAGCUCUAGCAUUGAUAGUGGUUUUAGUAGUAUGAUUGAUACAUCAAUGUGGGUAUCUUCACGGAAUCCAUCAACAAAUUCGUCAAAAUGUCCAUUAAAAUUUACAAUUCCUGCAGGUGUCUAGCAUUAGGUGGUAGGGUGGAAAUAUGAUUCAUUUAUUCCUUAUUUGUCUACACUCUCUGUAGAUCCUAUGCAACUCAAAUUGACUGAAGUUUAAUAAUAUGUUAUUAUUCUUAUACU